AAUGACGACAAUUACCAUUCAACGUCUCUUUCAAAGCUUUCAUCUUUGCUUUUGUUAGGGUUAUAAAAAACAUAAAAGAAAAUAUAUUAUAAAAUAAUGAAAAGCAUAAAAAAAAAAUUAGAUUUCAUGAUUUCGCAAAAAAACCCACUCUCGAUCUUGACACCCACAUUCAAUAAAUUCAAAAAAUUUAAUCUUUUUUCCUUUUAUUUUUUUCCAAUUCCCCAAGUUUCGAUUUUUAUUUAUCUCACAUUUAACUGAAUUUUUUCCCACUAAAUUCAAAGCUACCCUUUUGCCUUCAUUGUUUGGUGAGUUCCAAAUUCGACCCCUUUUUUCAAAAAAAAAAAAAAAAUCAAAGUUAGGGGUUUGUCCAUACAAUCAUGUAAAAGGCAGCUGCCAAAUGUUUGCUUCAGAUAUGAAUCCGGCCCGAGAUGCGGGCGGAGUAACCACCGCCGGCAUGGUGUUGUUUACAAUUCAAUUUACAUGGCCACAUGGUGGGAGAAGUGUCUUCCUAUCUGGCUCUUUCAAUAGGUGGACCGAGCUUGUGCCAAUGUCACAGGUUGAAGGUUGCCCCAAUGUGUUUCAAGCCAUUUGUGCUGUACCACAUGGUUGCCAUGAGUACAAAUUUCUUGUUGAUGGUGAAUGGCGACAUGAUGAACAGCAACCACACAAGAAUAGCGAAUAUGGGAUAGUUAACACUUUUGACACUCUAAAUAGACCUGCGGAGGUCCCUCAGUACCUUUUUGCAAUACAGCAUCGAAUUUCUGCAGUUACAUUGAAUCAAGCAAUGCCUAGGAUUUCAGAAGAGGAUGUACAGGCCUCCCGUCAUCACAUCUCUGUAUUCUUGGCAGCACAUACUGCUUAUGAGUUACUACCUGAGUCAGGCAAGGUUGUUGCCUUGGAUGUUGAUUUGCCUGUAAAACAAGCAUUUCAUAUUCUGUCUGAGCAGGGUAUCCCUAUGGCUCCUCUUUGGGAUUUCUGCAAGGGGAAGUUUGUUGGAGUUAUCACUCCUUUGGAUUUUAUAUUGAUUCUGAGAGAGCUUGGAAAUCAUGGAUCAAAUUUGACAGAGGAAGAGCUUGAAACGCACACUAUAUCUGCCUGGAAAGAAAUAAAGGCAUACAUGAACGGGAAAGUUGAUGGGAAUGGGAGACCAAUUCCAAGACAUCUCAUCUAUGCUGGGCCAUGUGAUAAUUUGAAGGAUGUAGCUUUGAAAAUUUUGCAAAAUGGAGUUGCUAUAAUUCCUGUUAUCCAUUCAUCAUCAGAAGAUGGUUCAUUUCCCCAAUUAUUACAUCUUGCUUCUCUUUCUGGAAUACUAAAAUGCAUAUGCAGGUUUUUUAAACAUUGUUCUGGCUCUUUGCCCAUACUACAAUUACCAAUUUAUGCAAUCCCACUGGGUACAUGGGUUCCAAGAAUUGGAGAAUCCAGCAGUCGGCCAUUUGCGAUGCUGAGACAUACUGCAUCUCUUAGUUCAGCAUUAAAUAUGCUAAUUCAAGCUCAAGUAAGUUCCAUACCUAUAGUUGAUGAUAAUGACUCGUUAGUGGACAUAUAUUGUCGGAGCGAUAUAACAGCUUUGGCAAAAGGCAGAGCAUAUACACAUAAUCUAAAUGAAAUGACUGUUUAUCAGGCAUUGCAAUUGGGACAAGAUUCUAACACUCCCUAUGAGACAAGAAGUCAAAGAUGUCAGAUGUGUUUGCGCACCGAUACAUUGCUUAAAGUGAUGGAACAAUUGGCAAACCCUGGUGUUAGACGGCUUGUUAUAGUGGAAGCCGGCAGUAAUCGUGUAGAAGGCAUUAUCUCGCUUACUGACAUUUUCAAGUUCUUGCUUGGUUAGUUUGAAGUAAUUGCAGAUGACCUAUCUAGGAGGGGUUUUCGCAGUGGCUUUCAGACUCCCACGUCUUGUGGGCACACGAUUCCCUGCACCAGUGUUCCAAAGAGACUGCAGUACAUCACACCGGUGAUAAUCGAAUCUCAUUCAACCAUUGGAUUGGCCUCUUGCCUUGUUGCCUUCUUUUUAGAACUUUAGGCCAAAGAAAGAGGCAUGUAACUUAAAAGAGGAUUUCAUUCUCUUCCAAAAUUUGUUCAUCUCCCCCUUCCACAUGUUAUUCUCAGUAUUGAACCAGAAAUUGUGUCACCAA